AUGACGGAUGGGCUGACCCUGUCGCUUGGGUCCAGCGCCAUGCUUGGAUUUUACAGUUUCGAUGGGCGCUAUAGCCCCAGUCCAGGUCCUGCAGAAACGCCCCCCUGUCGCUGCCAAUACCACCGACUCCUCUCACGGCAUAUCCAUGACACUGGCGCCCAACUCCAGCUCGGUGGCCUCCCAGCCUGGCCAGAUCGAUCCAGGGCAAUGAUGGGCGACGCUAGUAAGCGAGCAGCGGUAGGUGCCUUCACGCAGCAUGGGGUAGCGGACAGUCUCAUGCCGGGAAAUGAUGCGCUAUGCGACGAGGCUGCUCACCAGAUCACGGCCGGUCUGCGCGUCGAGGAGCAGGCGCACCGCUCGAUUGCCAUGACCUAA